UUCGCGCCUUUUCCGGUUAUAAAUCCGGCGGGGGUUUCUGGUUUUGACUUUUGAGCGUACAACCUACACGUGAACAGCGUCAUCCAAUCAGCUGGUAAAUUCUAAGGCCGGCCUGAAUAUUGUCAAGAUUUCUUUGCUUGCUUGAACCGCAGUUUUUCUUUAUUCGUUGCAUUAUCAGUGAAUUGUGAUCAAGAGAGACUAGAGGAAAUAGGUGGUUAAUUUUAACGACCGUUGACAAUCCAGAUUUCUGACCUUCAAUCCUUCAUUUUUAUCCUAUUCUCAAAAUAUAAAUGUCGCCAUUUUGGCCAUGCUAGUUUAUCUGAGAGAGUUCCUAUGAAUUCAUUUGUUGGUUUCUUAGAUUAACUUUGGUGAAACAUGUAAAUGGAUGCCCUAUAUCGAAGAGGACUACGACAAUGUCCCAGAACACUAGCAUAGUAAAUUUCCUUAUCCAUGACGCCAAUGGGCAGCCUCAGAUGGUUAAAGUAGUACAAAAUAUAAAAAAAGAACCCAUUGCUCAGAUUAAAAUCAAACAAAACCCUGUGAAAGUUUAUAAACUGUCAUCAAGCACAGGUAACACUCAGGUUCCAGUGUAUCGCCCCAUCAAAUUAACGGGAAUUAAGUGUGCUUCAAAAUUGGUUCAAGUACCUGUUGAUACUUUGACUCGGCUACAGAAAGCAGCUCCUAAAACUGAGCAAGAGUCUCUUGAUACUUAUAAAUCUCCUGGAAAAAAUCAGAAUCAACUGACAGAAGCUAACACAACACACCCUGUACCAGAAUUAGUGCCAUUUGUAACAAAACAAGAGCCUGUGGAGGAGACCAGUGAGAACAUUGAGGAGAGGAGUCCACCCACAGCCAUGUCACACGCGUCCCGAAGACGACACGAUUCCGAUAAUGAUCCUCCUGCAGAAUAUACUACAAAGCGACGCAAACACGCUGAUAAAGUCGGUAAAGGCCUAAGACAUUUUUCAAUGAAAGUAUGUGAAAAAGUGAGGAAUAAAGGCUUUACAUCUUACAAUGAAGUAGCAGAUGAAUUAGUGCGAGAAUUUGCAGCUGGAAUGCAUGGUUCUGCCGAUAGCCAAAAUAUUCGGAGGAGAGUAUAUGACGCAUUAAAUGUAUUGAUGGCUAUGAACAUUAUAUCAAAAGAGAAAAAGGAAAUCCGGUGGCUUGGACUGCCCACAAACUCAAUGCAAGAAUGUACAGCAUUAGAGAAGGAGAAACAAUUAAAAUUGGAUCAAAUACAGACAAAGACACAACAAUUGCAAGAACUCAUAUUGCAGCAUAUCUCAUUUAAGAGUUUAAUAGAAAGGAAUAAAGAUGCAGAAAACAAAGGCAUAAAGCCUUCACCAUCAUCAGCCAUACAUUUACCAUUUAUAGUUGUAAAUACAAGCGACAAGGCGUUGAUUGACUGUAGCAUCUCUAAUGAUAAGACAGAAUAUAUGUUUAAUUUCAAUAAGCGGUUUCAAAUACAUGAUGAUAUAGACAUAUUGAAAAGGAUGGGUCUACUGUUUGGUUUAGAUAAAGGUGAAUGUACAGAGGAGGAUAUUGAAAAAAUCAAAAGUAUGGUACCAAAGUCAUUAGAGAGUUAUGUUGAACAAAUGGGCAGAGGUGUAAGUAAUAGUGUUUCUGAUAUUCUUGAAGAGGAAGAUCCAGAAGAAGUUGGCGACGAGGAGGACACGCUGCUGGAGGGUGACGCCGAUGCUGAGGAGCAGGAAGCAGAGGCCAACGAGUACAGUACAGAUGGCAGCGACGUGGAUGUUUAGCGAUAUGAUGCCUUGUUCUUUUUGAGACUAUGUAUUUGUACCAUAUUAUAUCAAUUAGUAAUAAACUCUUAAGUUUA